GUUGCAAGGUCCAUGUUACGGAGGCGUUAUGGCGUCGAAAGAACUAGAGGCAGGAUGCAGAGAAGGGCUGGCCAAGAUACCAUGGUUACAAACGCCAAUGACAUAAAUCUGACAUUGGCCGUUGGAACUCGUUCUGAAUAGGCGAGAGCGCCAUUCGUGACUUACAGCGUGCAUACAGGGAUAAAACGACGAUCUCAGAACCUACAACUACUCUGUCUACUGCGCGUGGCACAUGUGCAAGUACAGUGCACUUAGAUGAUCUGUCGAUUGGCUGGUGCGCUACAGCAAGGAGGAGGACGGGAUCCUUGGUCACAGACUCGGAGAAGAGGACAUACGGUACACCUCGCCCGUUAACGUGAAGGAGAUAUUUUAGCUAUUGGGGUUUGAUGUUCUCUUCUUUCAUACGUUGCUGCUACUCAAUUAUGCGUCGUGGACGCCCUUUAUAGCUAAUCGCGGACAUAUAAGCGUUGUCGCUCUGCAUUUUGGCCUUGCAAGGACCUGAUCCCAUCCACAGAAUCCGACACAGCCACCUCCAUCAGAAGGUGUCACCGCCACCCCGCUCGAUUACGACGUAUUGCACUGCCCCGGGAGGACCGGGGGUCAGCCUCUCUUCAUGUAUCCACACAAUCUACACUGCCUGUUUGCAAGGAACGCCUGCGGGACGAAAAACCCUUGGCGUUCAUCAGUGGAGAUCGACAGUGCGCCUUGAGGAUGUCUCCAUAUGUCAAGAGGCAGGCAUUCCGAUUGCUGAUUGGCUAUCGGUGGACGAGCUCGGGAAGUCGAAGUUUUGCAACAACUGCGGACACUCUUCGUCUACGAUGGAUAGCCACUCCAUGGUUCUCGUCGAUGAGGCCAAGCACUCAUAUCGUUGGACGUGGUUCGUUCUGUUAUAAGGAGGCCUCCCUAAUCGUAUAUCCCUCGAUGUCAGAGACCUCGUACCAUCCACCAAGACGUUCCUCAGUGAUAGUAGGAUCAUUGUCGCCUGAUCCUUUGUACGUCUCCGUGUCCUUAGACGAACUCGGGCUACCGACCGUGAACGGCGGCGCGUCAGCGUCGCGUACGACGCUUGGCGAGGGUAUGGCCAUCAGUCGAGGAUGUACGCCCCCACCAAAUAAGGAGGAGCAGAAAGCACUGCGGUCCAACUUGGGCAUCGACUGGUAUGCGAUGCGGCAUCCGGAGAGCUGGCGGGACGUUGUUCCUAUUCCAUUAGUCAUACUGGCGUUUGUAGCUACGACAUUGAUCAUCACGGAUGUCUUCAAGGACCAGAUACUCGAUGCGCUCAAGCCAGCCUCCCACUGGCUGUUAACAACCCCAGGCGCUUGGGCUAUUCCGAUCGGAGCCAUGAUAGUCGUUUCGUUUCCCCCUCUCUUUGGUCACGAGCUCGUCGCUCUUUUCAGUGGCAUGAUAUGGGGCGCAUGGAUAGGCUUUGGCAUUGUCUGCGCAGGAACAUUCCUUGGCGAGAUGGCUGUAUUCAUGGCGUUCAAGUACCUCUUUCGCUCGUAUGGCCAGCGGGUUCAGCGGAACAGCAUUCCGUUUGAUGCAUUCUGCAGGGUUGUCAAUAAAGGUGGUUUCAGUGUCCUUCUCGCUACUCGGUUGAGCGCCGUCCCCUCUCACUUUUCAACCGUCGUGUUUGCAACAUGCGAAACACGCCUGUGGAAAUUUGCCAUCGCUAUGGCUCUCUCUCUUCCCAAACAAAUUACCACAGUCUUAAUCGGGUACGAUCUCGCAACAUCGGCUAAUGGCCAAAAGAGCACGAUUUCUAACAUCAUAUCUUACGUGAGCCUUGCAUUAAUGGUCAUUAUCACACUCGGCAUUAUGUGGUACCUUCGCAAGAAGCUGGCGCAGGAGUUACAGGCCAUUGUUUAUGAACGGCGCAAAAAGAGGCAAGCGGAUGAGCUGAAGAAUAAUUACCUGGUACAGCCCUAUGAUCAUGAUCGUAACGGUAGCAGUAGCAGCGACAACGGCGGACAUGCGCGUCAGGACAGCACGGCGCACCUCUUGUCUACGGCGGAAACCUUGGAUAUGGUUUGAUCUCCUUGACUUGCUAUUCGCUUAGUUUUUAUGGAUAGUUACUUAUGGACCGGUGAAAUAGUCGUUUAGCGGACUUUUGAUUAUUUAGCUUUAUAUGCAAGCCUGAAUACCAGGUACGUGCUACGGAAGUACUGGACUUUGAUUAUACACUUUGAUGCUAGUCGCGUCGUUAUUAUACUUGUCAUUCACUGGGCACAAAAUCGCUACUAGUAACGAGG